AUUUAAAUAAGUUGAAUUUGUGCAGGCGGCCUGGAUUUAAUGAAUUGCCCGUGGGAAGAAUUUCUGGCGAUGCGGAACAACAUCACGGCGUCGGUUACGCUCGUCUAACGUAUCACGAAACGAAUGAGGAAUUGGUGGACGAUGAUUUUUCAUACAGACUGACCAUUGGAAUUCAAAUUCACACGUACUUUCAUUUCUGUCGCUGCUACUGUAGGCCUUUAUCAUGACGACUGUCGUUCCGCUCACCGAUAAGCAACUCCAUCAGUUGAGUAUCAGCAUCGGGAAGGCUGUAAAUCCUACGGAAACUCCGGUGAAGGAGAAACAUGUGCGGAGCGCGAUUUUGGGUACACAUAAAGAAAAGAGCGGAAUGAUCUUCUGGAUGUACAUGUUAAGGCAACCCUUGCAAGAGAAUCAGAUAGUCGCGUGGAAGUUUUGCCACGUUUUACACAAAAUACUACGGGAAGGUCAUUCAAAAGUGAUACCAGAUUCUCAGCGGUAUCGAGGAAAGCUAGAGGAUAUUGGAAAACUAUGGCAACAUCUUCGAGAGGGGUAUGGCCAGCUGAUUCAAUUGUACAUAAGGCUGUUGAUCACUAAACUAGACUUUCACAAGCGAAAUCCACGGAUACCUGGAAACCUUCAAGUAACAGAGGAGGAAUUGGAAGCUAUUGGAGAAAAUGAUAUCAACGUCUACUUCCAAAUGUCGGUCGAGAUGUUCGACUAUAUGGAUGAUAUCUUAAAUUUGCAACGCGCAGUUACCGCUUCAUUGAAGAACACACCUUCCAAUUCCAUGACAGCCAGCGGACAGUGUCGACUGGCACCCCUAAUUCCCUGCGUUCUAGACGCAGCACAGUUGCACGAUUAUUGUGUGAAAAUUCUGUUCAAACUUCACGGCGCGCUGCCGGCCGAUACUUUGGCCGGUCAUCGUGAUCGAUUCUCGAAACAGUUCCAAGAACUGAAGAAAUUUUACAAUACAGUUAAACAGAGACAGUAUUUUAAAGGACUCAUAAGUAUACCUGCAUUACCUGAGAAUCCACCGAACUUUUUAAAACAAUCAGAACUACGGGACUAUGUCACACCAAGAGUCGUAUUGCCACCAGAAGAGCCUUUGGACAGUGAAAUGGUUAUGGAUCUUAUUGAUACUUCUGACACGAGUUCAUUACCAGGCGAUCAACUUGAUUCAACGCGGAAUGGUUCAAUCUCUCCCGACACAAUAGCAGAAAGAGAAAGUCUUAUAGAUCAUUUACAGCAGGAAAUUAGUCGUCAGAGACAAGAAUUGCAUCGUGUACUCACCGAACAUCAACAAAUCGUGGGAGACCUUCACAAUCAAGUCACGCAAUUGAAAUCUGGUCUGAUUGCCAAGUGUAACGAGGUAGAACAGGAAAGACAGGUCAAUCAAGAUUCUUUGAAACAAAAAGGAGACAUGAUGGUGAAGGUUCAUCAAAGUGAAGAAAAGUAUAAAACUUUGGAAGAAAAGUUUCAAAAAUUGAAAGACGUGUAUGCAAAGUUAAGGGAAGAACAUAUCAGUUUAAUUAGGAAGAAAGCGGAUGUGGACAAACAACUUGGUUUACUAAAAAUGUCACAAGAACAAUCUGAGCGUCGAACUGUCGAGGCAGAACGUCGACUUGACGAGCUGAUACAGGGCCAAGCCAUAGGUGAACAAGAAGCACGAAAAGCCGUUGAAGCACAACAGGACUUGGAUGACGUGAAACAACAACUGAAUACCGCGAAAGCUGAAAACUUGGCGUUGAUUGCCAAAAAUGAUUUUAUAACUUCUGAAAAAACGGCUUUAGAAGGCGAUCUACAUGAUUUAUUAGCGCAAAAAGAAGAAUUAGAUUUAAAGAUCGAAAAGUUGGAAGUCGAGACUGAACGAUGCCGUAAUGAAAUGAAUGUGCGUGCUGACACUAUGCUGUACGAAUUAUUGUUAAAUUGUAUCUCUGAAGCGGAAGAUAUAUUACAAUAUUCAUUGAGUGCUAUAGACAAUCCAGCAAUGUCUGAUUUAACUUGCACUCCUCAGUACCUUGAACGAUUGGAGGAAUCGAUUGUAAAAUCGUUAGAUGCUUUGGAUGCAACAUACACUGGUUAUGUAUGUGAUACAACGAAAGCAAAAAUGCUCAUUAAAACUGCAAUUCAUGUUGCCUAUGUUUUGGGUCUUUAUUUAAUUCACGCAAAAUCUACAUCGAAUACGUCCAUCGAUAUUGCGUUGGGCGAUAAACUGACUGAUGAAUGUAAACAAUUAGGAGUACUAUCUUUAACCAUGUUCAAUUACAUAAAAGAAAAAUCGCCGACGACUGUGGGCCAAAUUGACGAAGUGAGAAAGCAAUUUAAAAAAAUAUGCGAACUCGCUGCAACCUUGUCUAAUGGUCAAGGCAAUGUUGAAGUUAUAGGAAGUUUAGUGGAGACCGAACUUUUAAGUAUGGAUAAAGCAAUAGAAGAAGCUGCAAAGAGAAUACAGGACAUGUUAGAUAAAUCUCGUGCAGCGGAUUCAGGAUUAAAAUUAGAAGUAAACGGAAAAAUUUUAGACUCGUGUACAGAACUGAUGAAAUCUAUUAGAAAGUUAGUCCAGAAGUCUAGGUUCUUGCAAGCCGAAAUCCUAGAACAAGGAAAGGGCACGGCAUCUGCAACAGAAUUUUAUAAGCGUAAUCAUCAGUGGUCGGAAGGACUCAUAUCAGCAGCCAAAGCGGUUGCAAUGGGUGCUAACCUGUUACUGGAAGCUGCGGAUAAAGUUGUUGCCGGAAACGGUAAAUUUGAACAACUGGUAGUCGCAUCACAAGGAAUUGCUGCGUCGACAGCUCAGUUAGUAGUCGCAAGCAGAGUAAAAGCAAAUAGAAAUAGCAGUAACUUGGCUGCUCUUUCCGAAGCAUCGAGGGAUGUAACGCAGGCAACAGGAAGCGUUGUUGCAACUGCUAAGAAUUGUAGUCAACUCGUUGUAGAGAAUGAUGAUUUAGACUUCUCUGGACUAACCUUACAUCAAGCUAAGCGGUUAGAAAUGGAGGCACAGGUUCAUGUACUGGAAUUGGAACAGGCGUUAGAAACUGAACGAUUACGCUUAGCUGCUUUACGUCGCUAUCACUACCGACUCGAAGGUGAAAAAGAAUGAUCAAUUUUUAAUACGUAAGUGAGAGUUACAUUAACUUCGAACUAUCCCAUUGGUAAUAAGCAGUAUUGAACAAAGUGUUUACGAAUGGAAAGUAAACAGUUACAUUCUAUUAUGAAAUAAUAUAUUACGAGUAAAAGAUCUAUCUGGGUUA